GAUGCCUACAAGCCCCGUCGGAAGUACAGACGCCAGCGGGGGGCAGAGGAGCUGCUGGAUGAAGAAUCACGGGUCCACACGACACUUCUGGAAUAUGGCAGGAGGUAUGGAUUUAGCCACCGGAGCAAAGCAGAGAAGGCCGAGGACAAGAAAAUGGCACUUCCCACAGGGCUGUUAGCUGCAGAGAAAGCUGACGCCCACGAGGAAGAUGAGCUUCAGGCUGCUGAAGAGCAGCGUAUUCAGUCCCUGAUGACCAAGAUGACUGCCAUGGCACGUGAGGAGAGCCGUCUGACCGCUAGCUCCGUGGGCCAGAUCGUGGGCCUCUGCUCUGCCGAGAUCAAGCAGAUUGUGUCUGAGUAUGCAGAGAAGCAGUCUGAGCUAUCAGCUGAAGAAAGUCUGGAAAAAUUAGGAACCUCCCAACUACAUCGUCAUAAAGUCAUUUCCUUGAACAAGCAGAUUCUGCAGAAGACCAAACAACUGGAAGAGCUGCAGGCAAGUCGUACCGACCUACAAGCCAGAUAUGAGGAAAAAAAGAAAACACUGACAGAGCUCAAGAGUUAUGGUGAGAAACUGGACAAAGAACAGGCCGCCCUUGAGAAGGUAGAAGCCAAAGCUGAUCCAAGCAUCCUGCAGAACUUGAGAGCCCUUGUAGCCAUGAAUGAAAAUCUGAAAAGUCAGGAACAGGAGUUUAAAGCACAUUGUCGAGAGGAGAUGGCACGGCUGCAGCAGGACAUUGAAAACCUGAAGGCUGAGAGGGCUCCAGGCAGAGAUGAAAAGACCCUCUCCGGGGGAGAGCAGCACGGUGCCCUAACCCCUGCCAUGACGCACAACGAAGACCUAGACAGACGGUAUAAUAUGGAGAAAGAGAAGCUUUACAAGAUCCGUUUACUACAGGCUCGAAGAAACCGAGAAAUAGCAAUUUUGCAUCGCAGGAUUGACGAAGUGCCCAGCAGAGCCGAGCUAAUACAGUAUCAGAAGAGAUUUAUCGAACUCUACCGCCAGAUUUCAGCAGUGCACAAAGAAACCAAGCAGUUCUUCACUUUAUAUAAUACCCUGGAUGACAAAAAGGUUUAUUUGGAAAAAGAGAUCAGCCUGCUGAACUCAGUUCAUGAGAACUUCUCACAAGCCAUGGCCUCCCCUGCUUCCCGGGACCAGUUUUUACGUCAGAUGGAACAGAUCGUAGAAGGAAUUAAGCAAAGUCGAAUGAAGGCUUCACGGCAAAGGCACCUCAGUGCUGGCCAGCGAAGGAGGCAGCCCUGGUGCCCGUCCCCGCGAGGUGGCCGGGCACCAGAAGGACGGUCAGGCCCCAGGGCGGGGAGGGCUCUCUCCUCUCGUGUCUGUGCUGCUGGUGGCUGACAACGGCACCUGACC